CGCGAAGAAGUCUUACACCAAAGAGGGAAAUCCAAAUAGUCGGCGGAGCUGUUUUUUUUCUGUGGAAAACUGGACGCGUUUUUAAUUCCGUUACGAAAGUAAAGUUUGUAACAGAAUGCAGAGAGCUUCCCGUUUAAAGCGCGAGCUUCAGAUGCUCAGCACUGAGCCUCCUCCUGGGAUAACAUGCUGGCAGGUAGAGGAGCGGAUGGAUGAGCUCCAAGCACAGAUAGUCGGUGGUGUAGGAACGCCUUAUGAAGGUGGACUUUUUACCCUAGAGGUUAAGAUCCCAGAAAGGUAUCCAUUUGAACCUCCAAACAUACGAUUUUCAACCCCAAUCUACCACCCGAACAUCGACAACUCUGGGAGAAUUUGCCACGAUGCUCUUAAACUCCCACCAAAGGGUGCCUGGAGGCCAUCUUUAAACAUUUCGACAGUGCUCACCUCUAUCCAGCUGCUCAUGGCUGAGCCCAAUCCUGAUGACCCACUUAUGGCUGAUAUAUCAUCAGAGUUCAAAUACAACAAGCACCUGUUCACAGAGAAGGCCAAGAAGUGGACACGGGAACAUGCACUUCAGAGGAACAAAAAAGUUUCAGAAAACGGCAAAGAGAACGCUACAGAUCCGAAUGCACCAUCUCGGAAACGGGAUGCCCUCUGUUCCCAGCAGGAGGCAGAAAAACCAGUGAAGAGACCAUGUGUGUAGAUUCCCCCUUAGUCAAUAGAGCAUUUUCAUCUUGCAAACCAACAUUUCUUGUGCAAAUGUUAACUUUAGUGAUUUUAUUUAGUUUUUCUAUUUUUACAUGUUAAAUAAAUGCAUAUUAAACAAGUA